UUAAGAAUUGAAUCCACGUAAUGCUUUAAAAAAGCAAAUGGAUGGCACAAAAAGCCAAAAGGCUUGUUUCCAUUGUGGUCCAUUGUUCAUGUUUUGCACCGUCGCCUUCUGUUUUGCAUGUUUUACCUACACCAUUCCCGCUUCAAGCGAGGAUGUAUGCACCUCGCAGACUGAGGGAGAAGGACCAAGAAGAGAAGGCGGAGUCAGCCUCAUCCUCCCCUGUGGUAGAGCAGAGAGAGAGAGAGAGAGCAUGAUGGAGAGAGACGGGGGUGCGUGAGAGCUGAUGAGCUGGAGAAUGGACGGCCAGCGAGACUGUGUGCGAGCCAGCGAGAGAAGACACUGAAAGUACCAGAAGCUCCCAUCAGCAGCAGGAGGAGGACAGGCUGAGCUCACCAGCGACAACUCCGAAGACUGACAGAGGGCAGGAAAAAAAGAGGAGGAGGACUGAAGAGCGGCUUUCUUCUGGUUUUUGCCCUCUCGCACACUCCUCACAACCACAAUGAUCCCCCGGGUUCUACUCGUCCUGUGGAUCUUCGCACACGGUGCACACUCCAUGUUUUCCCAGCAGCCACAGGACUUGGUGGUCGUGGCUGGUCAACCUGUGACCUUACCGUGCUCCAUCACUAAUUACCAUGGUGUUGUACUGUGGAUCAAAGAUGGCUUGGCCCUUGGGGUUGGCAGGGACCUGUCAGGUUAUCCCCGUUACACUGUGAUUGGCGACCACGGCUCAGGAGAACAUCAUCUGCGAAUCCAGCGCGUGGAGCUGAUGGACGACGCUGUGUUCGAGUGCCAGGCCGUCCAGGCUGCCAUGAGAUCCCGGCCUGCCCGCCUCACUGUGCUCGUUCCACCCGAGGACCCCAUCAUCAGCGGCGGGCCCGUGGUGAGCCUGAGGGCGGGCGACCCACUCAAUCUGACCUGCCACGCAGACAACGCCAAGCCGGCCGCCUCAAUCAUCUGGAUCCGCAACGGAGAGGUCCUCAAUGGGGCCAUGUACUCUAAGACGUUGCUGCGGGACGGGAGGAGAGAAACCACCGUGAGCACACUCUACCUGUCGCCGUCAAACAUCGAGACGGGCCAACAGAUCAUCUGUAAGGCCUCAAACAAGGCUGUCCCCAACGGCAAGGAGAGCAGUGUCACCAUCGACAUCCAGCAUCUCCCUCUUGUCAAUCUCUCAGUGGAUCCUCAACCUGUUCUCGAGGGCAACCUGGUGAGAUUCCACUGCUCCGCAAAGGCUAAUCCCCCUGUCACGCUGUACAGGUGGGCCAAAGGGGGAAGUAUCAUAAAGGAGGUCUCUGGGGACACGUACGAGGUGAUUGUGGACCACUCCUUCUUUACGGAGCCUGUUUCCUGUGAGGUGACCAAUCAACUGGGCAGGACUAACGUCAGCCGCAAUGUUGAUGUCUACUUCGGGCCUCGCAUGGCUGCAGAGCCACAGUCGCUGCAGGUGGACCUCGGAUCUGAUGCCGUGUUCAACUGUGCUUGGACUGGAAAUCCCUCUCUUACCAUAGUGUGGAUGAAGAGGGGCUCUGGAGUGGUUCUCAGCAACGAGAACCUCCUGACGCUGAAAUCCGUGCGGCAGGAGGAUGCUGGGAAAUAUGUUUGCCGGGCCGUGGUCCCGAGAGUCGGCGCCGGAGAGAAAGAAGUUUCACUCACUGUCAACGGGCCGCCCACCAUCUCCAGCACUCAGACACAACAAGCCUUGCACGGCGAGAAAGGACAAAUCAAAUGUUUCAUUCGAAGCACUCCUCCUCCAGAUCGCAUCGCCUGGUCCUGGAAGGAGACCGUGUUAGAGUCUGGGACGUCCGGCCGCUACACGGUUGAGACGGUGACCACGGAAGAAGGCGUCAUCUCCACGCUGACCAUGAGUAACAUAGUGCCAGCUGACUUCCAGACCAUCUACAACUGCACGGCGUGGAACAGCUUCGGCUCCGACACCGAGAUCAUACGCCUUAAGGAACAAGGUGGGAGCCAAGAAUCCCUCCCCGUGGCGGUGAUCAUCGGCAUUGCCGUGGGAGCUUUGGUGGCCUUCAUCGUCCUCAUGGGCACCAUUGGAGCGUUCUGUUGUACCCGCUCCCAGAGAAAAGAAGCGCACCUGGUUAUGCCCUCACUGCCCGUCUCCAUCUGUGCUCACCAGAGAGAACUUGCAAGCAAAAUUAAAACUGAAAAUCUGAAAGGAGUGGUGUCUGCGAAAAACGACAUCCGGGUGGAGAUCGUGCACAAAGACCACAACGCCGCCAGGGAAAACGAGGAGCACGCCUCCAUGAAACAACUGAUGGUGAGUGUGGAUCGCGGGGAGUUCCAGCAGGAAUCCGCUCUGAAGCAGUUGGAGGUUUUGCAAGAGGAGGAGAAAGAGUACCAGCACAUUAAGGACCCCACAAAUGGCUACUACAGCGUCAACACCUUCAACGAGCACCCAACACCAACUAUGGCCGGAACCCAGUCCACCGACGGGAGGAACCCGACCAAUACGAGCACUCUGGGCAAGCAGCGGGUACCGACAGGCAUGUCCUUCACCAACAUCUACUCCACCCUGGGAGCGGGUCCCAAUCGCCUGUACGACUACAGCCAGCGCUUCGUGCUGGGCAUGGGCAGCAGCUCCAUCGAGUUGUGCGAGCGGGAGUUCCAGCGCGGCUCAAUAAGCGACUCCAGCUCGUUUAUCGACACGCAGUGCGACAGCAGCGUCAGCAGCUACAGCAAGCCGGACGGCUACGUGCAGUUCGACAAGGACAGCAAGGCGUCGGCCUCCUCGUCCUCCCACUACUCGCAGUCGUCGUCGCAGAACUCAGACCUAACCCGGCCUCUCCAGAAGCGCAUGCAGACCCACGUCUGACAGCCAGGACGGGAGGGAUGGUCUGAGAACCAGCCUUGGGUGUGAACUCCGACAUGGUUUCAUCACACUGAACCACUUUGUCGGACAUGUGGAUCAAGAAGCCUUAUAUUUCCCUUUUGCUUAAUCCAUUGCCCACAUCCUGGUUCUCACAGACGUUCUUGAGUAGUGCCACGAUACUUGCCAAUGAAGACACUUGGGAUUACUCUGCUUCUGAGGACAGCAACAAAGCUGCAGGAUUGUUUUUUUUCUGAAUGGAGUAAGACCGCACAACAAUUUCUUUCUGCUCUUUCGUGUCUCGUCAAGCACAAAGACUGAACGUCCACAAGGAUUUUUAGGUAGUCAACAACUCCCAACCACCACGGCUUCCCUCCUUUCUUUCACAAUCUUCUCACACUCCAGCUCGGCUCCUUGCAAUGUCUCAUUGCGUAGGUGGAGUACAACUGGCCUCCUUCCACAUGCCCACAGACAUGGUUGGGAGGAACAGCUGCAUGUGGGCCAGACAAGAUAAAGAAGGGCUGAGACCACGUUUUCAAUCCCAACGUUCGCGUUCUGAUAAAACAUCAGUGUACAUAUUGUAUAAGGCUGUAAAUUAUUUUCUGACUAAUCGCGGAGGAGUUCUUCAAUGAAACAAGAGCGGUUUGUAUCCCGCUCUAGCCCCUCAAAAAAGUUUGCCUUGAGGAACUGUUUGGUUAACUAAGCAGGCAUACUGCAUAUCAGCUGCAGCCGGUGAACUAACACUGCUAAAGGUACAGGUAUAUGUAAACAUACUCAUGUCUUAUUUUGUGGUUAUUGCAGUGUGUAGUUACUGAUAAAACUGGAGCAUAGUGCACACUUACAAUUUGUUUUGAAUAUAGCUUUUGGAUUUUUGGUUAUGUUUUUACAGAAAUUACUUUUAUUAUUGGCACAAUCGAAAUUAUGCUUCAAUUCGUGUGUCCCCCCUCCCUCCGCCCUUUUAUUAGAUUGUUUUUUUAAAACAAUAAAAAUACAACUAUAUAUAUUACCAUGUUUUACCAAUAAAACAUUAGUAUACAAUACUAAAAAAUAAAAUUUAACAUAUAAUAAUAAAUGAAUAAGGAAAAAAUUAUAACUUUUUUUUUAAAAAGCAGGCAACUUUUUUUUUUAAAUAUAGUAAAUAAAUAUGGUUCGGUAAAUGACAAUUCAAAAUUUGUUUCACAAGAACAAAAUUGUAAUUCCUUUUGCUAGUGUAUUUUUAUAAAUAGGUUGAAAUUACCAAGUAAAUUGAAAAAAAAAAAAGUAUUAUCUUUCACCACAAAAAAAGAAAACCUGAGAAACUUCACACUACAGAACAAAAAUAUGGUACAUAGGUUACAAAAUUAAAUUAAAAUGUUAAAUUCUUUAAGUUAAUGGACCAAAAUGUAUUUUUAUGUAUAUAUGAAUUGGUAAAAAAAAUACAAUGACUUACUUUUAAAAAAAAGGUGUAAUUUACUGAAUACAUUAAAAAACUAUUUAUAUAUAUACAAAAAAGGUAUAUUUCAUUAUUUUUAAAAAUGGGAGAAACAUGCACACUAUAAAACAAGAAAAUUGCAAUACAUUUUCCUGGAAAAGUUUAAUUUUAAUGUCAAUAAAGAAUGUAAUUCAAUGUGUUCAAAUGUUAGUAUCUCUGCCAGAUAUCACCAAAUCAACGUGUGAUUUGGUGUACUUAUGCAGGAUCUUGUGGGCUAAAAGGACGCACAAUUCACAAAGCCGGAUUUCCCUCCAGAUGAGAACCAACGUCCAAUGCUACACUUAAGGCUGAUAAGUGCAUUAAUUUGACAUGUUUGUGAGUUUACAUUUUGUUCACUGAGUUGAGAGGAUAUACAAAUAGAUACCCAAACACACAUCACCCGCGUUUCUAAGUAAAGUGGUGUUGUCGCUCCCUGUUAGUAUUAUUAUGAUCCGGGACUUUUGGGGAUUGCUGGGGAAAUUCGCAGAAAAAAAAAACUGCAUGAAAUUUGGACGCAAGGUCAUGAUUUUUUUCUGUAGUUGCUGCAGUCAAGGAUACGUUUAUUCCAAUUCAUGUCACAAGUGCUGACUGUGUUGCUUGCAAUUUAGUCCUGCAAGUCGCAUAAAUCAAUGAUGAUCUAUGUUUUAAAAACGGUCAUUCUCGGCCUUUUAAAGCAAAGCUGUCAUUAAAAGCACUUUAAAAGGAUUAUCUCAUUCAAGGUACACUCCAAUGGCUGUUUGGACUCUUAUUUUUACAAAUGUACAAUUUAAGGCAACACGGAUAAUCCAGCAGACUGUACAUAAAACAAUGAAAUGCUGUUUUUCUCUGUAUAUAUAUAUUUUUUUUUUCACUCCUGUGUUUUUCUUUCAUUCUCGGUUGUCAUGAUUGACACUUAAAGCUCCAAACUGUACAGACAAUCAUUAUCCCCUCACAUUAAACCCAUCAAAACUGCUUGUUUCGCUCACAUUUGCGUUUCAAGACUGAGCAGUUUCUGUAAAACACACAGGCGGCUUUUAGAAAUGAGAAGCAGUGUUGAGCUGGGACAGCUUUGAAGUGAGAUGAAUUGUUAUUUUAACUUCAGUCCCUCAGAGAUGCCUGAAGCUCUUUUAUUCGACACUAAAACGACUUUGCAGAGCAGUCACUGUGUAGAAUCUAUACCUUGUAUCAGUAAAUAUAUUGACUGCAUAUCUUUCCACUUUAGACAUCCCAUUUGUUAGACGGAAUAAAUCAUUGAUGCUCCACUUUGCCAUUCUACAGUAUUAUAUUUCAUAGUGAUGUAUAUUUUAACCAACCCUACAAAUACAAAGGGAUUUUUGUCCCCCCAAACCAGUGAUAUUCGGCUACAAAACGAGUAUUAAAGCCACAGUCAAAAUACAGAUAACUUAAUAUUUCAAAAAGUAAAACGUUUAGGAAUAUUACAGGGAAAAACUAUUUCAUUGAUAUUUGUUAGAUUUAUUGAAUCAGUGCAACUACUGUACUGUACGUUUAUUUAUUGAUACACAUUUUUGGUUGUCAUUAUACAUCAUAUAAACAAAUGUAUUUGCUUGGGGUCAAAUACAACGACAAAGUAUGGAAGUUACAAACAAGAUAACAUUUUUAAGUUUAAAUAUUAGCUGGAAAAUAUAUGUAAUACUGAAAUAUAUUUUUUAUUCUAUAGAAAUAAAGUUAUUACAGUACAAGAUUUAUUAUUAAUAAUCAUAUUGGCUAACCAAUUACACAUUUACACAAUUCAACAUAUCUGACAAAUAAUAAUUAUUAGGACUAUGACUAAUAUGUUUGUUAAAAUAAUAUAGUAUUCAAAUUUGUUCAGAAAAAAAAAUUAAUACAGUGCAAGUACAAAAUAUUGUAUCAUCUAUUUAUAUCCCUUUGUUCUUAUUACACGAUGACCUUAUGAAUAAAACAUUUUAUUAUAAUGAAGCUAUAACAAAAGUACAAUUUAAAAAAAGUUUAGGACCUCAGCUGUUUUUUAGUAUUAUUAAAAUAGUUAUAAUUUUUAACGUGGCUUAAAUACUCCUUUAUAAAAUAAAUACAGUCGUCCCUCGCCACAACGGCUUCAAAUAUUUUGACUUGACCACAUUGCAGAUUUUUUUUUUUAAAGAAAAUUCUACAACUAUUUUGGCAGAAAUUAAGCAUUUUCAAGCAUUAAAAAGAUAAAUGAAAAAAAACAUGAUGGAGACCAAACCAAGUGUAAUUACACUAUUUUGGAUUAAAUGAGUUUAAUGGGUGUUAUUUCAUGUCAUAAACAGUUAUGCCAAUAUUCAAUUUAUAUUUAGUUAUUUGUACUUUGCAAAAAUGUGUUUAUUGCGGCAAUUUCCGUAAUAUAUAUUUAAUACAAAAUACAAUGAUUUGCAAAUCCUUUUCAACCUAUAUUCAAUUGAAUAGACUGCAAAGACAAGAUACUUAAACGUUCAAACUGGUAAAUGUUUUUUUUGCAAAUAUUAGCUCAUUUAGAAUUUGAUGCCUGCAACAUGUUUCAAAAAAGAUGGCACAAGUGGCAAAAAAAGACUGAGAAAGUUGAGGAAUGCUCAUCAAACACUUAUUUGGAACAUCACACAGGUGAACGGGCUAAUUGGGAACACGUGGGUGCCAUGAUUGGGUAUAAAAGCAGCUUUAAAAUGCUCAGUCAUUCACAAACAAGGAUGGGGCAAGGGUCACCACUUUGUGAACAAACGCGUCAGCAAAUUGUCGAACAGUUUGAGAACAACAUUUCUCAACGAGCUACCGCAAGGAAUUUAGGGAUUUCACCAUCUACGGUCCGUAAUAGCAUCAAAAGGUUCAUAGAAUCUGUAGCAAUCACUGCACGUAAGCGGCAAUGACCGUGACCUUCGAUCCCUCAGGCGGUACUGCAUCAAAAAGCGACAUCAGUGUGUAAAAGAUAUAACUACAUGAGCUUAGAAACACUUCAGAAAACCACUCUCAGUAAUUAGUUUGUUGCUACAUCUGUAAGUGCAAAUUAAAACUCUACUAUGCAAAGCAAAAGCCAUUUAUCAACAACACCCAGAAACGCAGCCGGCUUUGCUGGGCCCGAGCUCAUCGAAGAUGUACUGAUGAAAAGUGGAAAAGUGUUCUGUGGUCUGACAAAUCUACGAUUGAAAUUGUUUUUGGAAACUGUAGACGUGGUGUCCUCUGGACCAAAGAGGAAAAUAACCAUCCAGACUGUUAUAGGUGCAAAGUUGAAAUGCCAGCAUCUGUGUUGGUAUGGGGGUGUAUUAGUGCCGAAGGUAUGGGUAACUUACACAUCUGUGAAGGCAGCAUUAAUGCUGAAAGGUACCAUCCAAACAGCGUCUUUUUCAUGCACGCCCCUGCUUAUUUCAGCAAGACAAUGCCAAGCCACAUGAUGCACGUGUCACAACAGCGUAGCUUUGUAGUAAAAGAGUGUGGGUACUAGACUGGCUUGCCUGUAGUCCAGACCUGUCUCCAUUUGAAAAUGUGUGCCGCAAUAUGAAGCGUCAAAUACUGUUGAACAACUUAAGCUGUACAUCAAGCAUGAAUGGGAAAUAAUUCCACCUGAAAAGCUUUCAAAAAUUGGUCUCUUCAGUUCCCAAACGUUAACUGAGUGUUGUUAAAACGAAAGGCCAUGUAACACAGUGGUAAAAAUUCCCCUGUGCCAACUUGUUUGCAAUGUGUUGCUGCCAUUAAUUCGAAGUUAAUGAUUAUUUGCCAAAAUAAAAAAUAUGUUUCUCAGUUCCAACAUUAAAUAUCUUGUCUUUGCAGUCUAUUCAAUUGAAUAUAAGUUGAAAAGGAUUUGCAAAUAAUUGUAUUCUGUUUUUAUUUACGAUUUACACAACGUGCCAACUUCACUGGUUUUGGGUUUU